UUUUUUUUUUUUUUUGCCCGAAGGGGCGGAGGGGGGUGGGCGGUAUUGGAGCUGGCGAGACCCGAACUCGAAAUUUCAUUGCGUUUGGUUUUUGGUUUUUUGGUUUUUAAAUUUAAUUUUUUUAGGAAACCGUGUGCGUGCGGUAAGGGAGGGGGAAGCUUCGUCAAGGUCAUUCCGUGGAUUUUAAAUUUCUUCUGGAUCUGUUCUUUCCGCGCGACUCCCCCCACCCCGCCCUCCCCCCUCGGGGAGCCCUUUCUCUCUCCAUAGCGCUUGGAUUAUAUUUAUCUUCAUCUCACCCUUCUGGAUUGGAAGAGGCUAAAAACCGGGGGGGCUCUAUAGAAUAAGUGGCUUUUCCCCCUUCUUUUUUAAAGACACCCCCCCUUUGAACAUUUUUAGGGGGUGGAAUAUUUUUUUUUGAAAGGGGGGGGGCUUGUUUUGGAAAUGGAUGGGAAAAUCAGACAGAGCAGGAAAUCCCGGUCUCAACGGGACCGUGUCCGGCGAAGGGAUCCGAAUGGCAGAGACCGCCCCAAUCAAAGUCCUUCUUCGGCCUCCGAAAGGGAACCCAGCCCGGGCAAGGAAAAUACAAGCCAAAACUGCCCCGAUCCUAAAAGCCAGGCUUCUGCAGCCAGGAAUGUCAGACCUCCGAGGCGGCGGAGGCGAGAAUCCAGCUCCCAGGAAGAGGAUUUAAUUGAUGGAUUUGCCAUUGCCAGCUUCAGCAGCAUGGAAGCUUUGGAGAAGGACAUGUCGUUGAAGCCUCAGGAAAGAAAGGAAAAAUGGGAAAGACAUCCAGGGAAGAAACCUCGAGAAUCCGAAAACUGCAUGUCAGCUGAGCCCAGUGAAAAUGGCCAUAAUAAUGAUGCUGGGAGCUCAGGGAGAGAGACGGAUCUCGGCAAGGAGAGGGUGAAGAAGAAAAUCCUCCUGAAAGUCCACAAGCAGAUGAAGGCCCCCCCGAACCGCAGUAGCCGAAACAGCGAAGACGACAGCCUCCGAGAGGCCACGAGCUCCCAGCGAAGCAGCUCCAGGGAUUGCCUCAGCGAUAGUUCCGCUCAGUCGCUUUCUGGAAAAGGCUAUUCGUGUGACAGCGAAAGUGAAAUUGACGAUAAGAACUCAGCGAACCUGGAGCUGCCUCGUAUCAGGAGUGCCUUGGUAGCAGGCAAGGCUUCUGAAGGCUCAGAGAAGCUCUUCUCGCCUGCAGCGGCUAAAGGUCCAGCUUCGAAUGACAAGGCCGAAGUGAAAACAGCAAGCAUCCCAAAGGUUUCCGGGCUGGAGCGCAGCCAGGAACUGAGCACUGACGUGCCCUUUGUGCUACCGAUCCACAGCCCCCAGCCACCCGCUGCUGUAGUGACUUCAACCUCCUCCGCGCCCACGUCGAGCGCCCGGGCGAGCCCGCUGUUGAAGAAAGAGCCAUUGAUCACACCACCAGCACCCCCGAGGCUCACCCCUCAGCCCCAGCCUCGGCCUCAGUCACAACCUCAGCCUCGGCCUCAGUCUCACCCACAGCUGCUGCCUGAGCUUCGAACGCAACCUCCAAGCCACAUCCCCCCUCCUCUUAAUUACCAAGUGCAUCACCAGGUGGCCCACAACGGACUCAAUAACAUCAGCAGAAGCAGCAGCGCCAGCAGUGCCACAAGCAUUAGCCUCCCAAAGCAUCUUCCCCUCUCCCCCCAAAUCCCUCCCCAUCACUCCUCCGGUCCGGCUUUGCCCCUCUCUAUCUCUAACCUCGCUGCCUCGCAUUUCCCUCUCAGAUCGCAGUCCCAACACCAGCACCAUCCGGCCAUGUUUGCCACCCCUCCUACGCUGCCACCUCCUCCAGCGUUACCUACCAACAGCCUUGUGAUCCCAGGUCACCCUGCAGAUCACGAGCUGCUCAGGCAAGAGCUGAACAAUCGGUUUUUGGUUCAGAGUUGGGACAGGGCCGGUGCUGCUCUUGGCCCGGUGCCACUGCUGAGGGCGGAGUUCCACCAGCAUCAGCAUACCCACCAGCACCAACACACCCACCAGCACACAUUCACUCCUUUUCCACCCGGUUUGCCCCAGAUGCCGCCCACCGCACCGCCCCUGGUGCGUACCCCUGCCCAAAAUUUCGACAAGUAUGCUCCCAAACUCGAUAAUCCUUAUUUUCGACAUUCCAACUUUUUUCCAAGCUACCCUCCAGCCAUGCCCGGAAUGCCACCGAUGCUUCCGCAUUCAGGUCCCUUCGGGUCUCUUCAGGGAGCUUUUCAGCCGAAGACUUCAAAUCCAAUUGAUGUAGCAAGCAGGCCUGGCGCAGUACACCACACUCUUCUGCAAAAGACACCAGGGGUGUCUGACCCAUACCGGCCUCCAGUACGAGUAAGUAAGAAGCCUGGCAAGUGGUGUGCCGUUCAUGUCCAGAUUGCCUGGCAGAUCUACCAUCACCAGCAGAAGAUAAAGUACCUCCUGUGGAAUAUGGAGUGUUAUCCUGUUCAGAGUGAAAUGAGCGGUACGGUGAAGGACAUUUUACAAAACAUAGAGCAGCAAAUGCAGCUGGAUCCUCACAAGUUAGAAAUCGGGGGGAAACUUGACCUGUUCAGCAGACCUCCUGCCCCUGGGAUGUUUCCAGGGUUCCAUUAUCCUCAGGAUCUUGCCCGGCCUCUGUUUUCCACCACAGGUUCCGCCCAUCCCGCCACCACGCCGUUUGGACCAUCGCCUCACCACAGCAGCUUCCUGCCUACUAGCCACCUGGCAGGUAGGUAUCCAUUUAGCAGGUCAAGCACCUUCAGCGGCCUUGGGACCUUAGGCAGCAAUGCCUUUGGAGGAUUAGGCAGUCAUACUCUGAGUCACAACAGCAUUUUUGCCCACAAAGAAGGGCCAAACAUCCAGAGCUUUAACAAUCCACACGAGCCAUGGAACAGACUCCACCGGACACCACCAUCGUUCCCGACCCCCCCUCAGUGGCCCAAACCCGGUGACUCUGAGCGGAGCUCCUCAGUGACGAAUCACGACAGAGACCGAGAGUCAGAGAAGAGGGAACUUUCUGCAAGCAAAGAGGACAGAGAUAAAGAGAGGGAUCUUUUGGAUAAAAACAGGCAUUCAAACAGAUCCUCACCAGCUUCGGCUCCAGUGACUCACCAGAUCAGCAACCUCAUCCGUAGCAACAGCCUAACCUCCAGCGAUCCCGCCAGACAAGUAGGACUUGGUGACAGAGAAAGGUCUAAAGAACCAGAGAGAGACAUUCCCGACCGACUGAGGGAUCCUCCUCCAAUCGUGGAGCACAAGAUCAAAGAAAGUCGCUCUCCAGUGAAGGAACCGCCAAGCCAUGAUAAGAGAUCCUCAGAGGACAACACAAAGCCAGUAAUUCAGUCUGUAUCUCCCUACAGCAAACCUGCACUGAGCGAGAGCUUGAAACUCAGCAAUCUAAUGAACAAGGACAUUGAAAGAAAGCCAGAGCUUCCAGCUGACCUUCAGAAGAUAAAGAACGACAUCAAGGUCAAAGAGGAGCGCAAGGAGGAUGGGGACGUGUUGGUAGUGAGCUCUGAACCUUCACAGCAUUCCAGAACUGUUGAGCACCCACCGCCACCUUCCUUGCAUGGAUUACCCUUGCCCCAUACAAUGGCAGCCACAAUGCCUAUCUCCAUGGGCAGCGUCCAUCAGAUGAACAAUAUGAAUGUCCUGGACCGAAGCAGAAUGAUGACCCCAUUAAUGGGCAUGAAUCCCUUGUCGGGCAGAGAGAGGCUGCCCCAUCCCGGGUUUUCUUGGGAUCCAGUGAGGGAUCCCUUACGAGAUGCCUAUCGGAGCUUAGACCUGCACCGUCGAAUGGACUUCCAGCUCCGAGCAGAUCCCAUCCACAGGUUCCCCACCACUUCUGGAUUCUACGACCAUGAGCGUUCUUACCGAGACAGAGAGCCCCACGACUAUAACCACGAGAACCUUCUUGAAGCGCGGCGUGAGCAGGAGCGGCUCCGACAAGUGGAGGAGAGGGAGCGGUUGCACUUACGGGAAGAACUGGAGCGUGCCAGGAUGCAGCACUUGCACCCAUCCCCUAUCGAAAGUCACUUGGCACACGUGCCAUCCUUCAUGCCUCAUCUCGGUGGGAUGCAUUACCCCAGACUCAGCCCCUCUGCAGCCAUGCACAAUGGAAUCCUAAAUAGGAACCCACCUACAGCCGCUUUGAGUGCCCCGCCCCCUUUGGUACCAGCCAGUAGUACAAGACCUUCCUCUCCCCGCCGGACUACUCCACUCACAAACUCAGAAUCAAGAGACUAUUCUCCUUCUAGGAACCCCAAAGAAGUUGAGGCGCGAUAAUCUCUAACAGGAUGAAUUUUAAAACUCACCUGUAAAUAUAAGAAGAGGGGAGGAAAAAAAAUACCUUUUAAAAAUGCACUGCUGUAAACUUUUUUUAAAAAAGAAAAGACUGUAAAAUUUGUAGAAAUUAAGCACAGUUCCAUAAAUAAUUUGGGGGUGGGACAGGGGAAGGGUUCUAGGCUACAAACCUGCCAACCAAGAUGGUUGUUGAAAAUGGAAAUUUAAUAUAUAGGUCUUGAUUUUUUUUGUUUUGUUUUUGUUGGGUUUCUUUCUUUCUUUUUCUUUCUUUUUUUUUGCUUCUGUGCUGAGUUAAAUUACCAAGUUUGUACAUUUUUCCCAAAUGUGAGAAACGUUUUUAAUGAAUUUGUAUUUUUUUAAAUUUUCUGCUCUUUAUUCACUUAAAAAAAAGCAUUUGUUUUGAGCUUAAAUUUAAUGGCCUCAGAUCCUUAAGUAAAACAAAAGCCACCCAGGGUUUCUUAAAGUAUUAUUUAUGGAAAUAUUGCAGUUUCUUACAGUCCACUGUGAGGCUCCCAAAUCGAGGCCGCUCACUUCUCUUGGUACUUUGGAACUGAAGUUACAGAUAUAUAUUAAAAUAAUAAUAAUAAUAAUGUACAAAACCUAUGUUUGUUUUUUGCCUUAUAUUAUGAAGAAAUGAGAAUUUUUUUGACUUCUUGUUUUAAACGACAACAACAAAAAGAAAACGAUAUGUAAAUAUUCUGUUAAUAUAAAUGUACACCAAUAUUGAAUUCUUAACAUAGGUAGACUUUAUAAAAAAUGGUUUCUAGAACCAC